CCUAGAUAUACCUCCAUUACAAACGUAAUCAGCAAUUCCACGUCUCAAUAUCUCCAGUGUGCAAGGUCGGAUAUUUAAAAAUUUACAUCGAGAAUGGCAGAUUCAUAUCAAGUCCUAGCUAUUUGCAUGUUACUGGUGGCAAUCAGCUGUGUUUCGCGCGCGCGUGAUUGUAUCCCUGUGCACGGAUAUGAGAGUUGCGCGUGCUAUUUUCCAGCAGUUAAUGACACAAGGGAAUAUGUCAACCUUCUACCAUUGAAGACAAAUUCGUCUUCUCCAAGGUUUACAAGUAAGACCAAGAACAAGUGGUACAUAUCUUACAGUCCGUGUGCUGAGUUCAGUGAGUUUGUUGGGGAAAACAGUACCACCACCGUCUCUUGUUCUAAGACUUCGGUUGCCAGAUGGACUAACUUAUCUGCUCACCAGUGUGAUAGUUUGGGUGAUGAAGCCAGUGGAAAAUUUGAAAUGGAUGUUGACAAUGAAUUUAUCAAAUCAAAUCUUACCCUUAAAUUUCAGAAUUCCAAAAGUAAACAUAGAGCUGUGAUUUCAUUAAUCUGCAAUCAAUCUUUACCACAAAAUGAGGCGGUCUUUGAAUAUGUUGGCACCAAAAAUGAUCCAGUGGAUACAUAUUACUUAUCAUUGACCAGUGCUUGCUGUUGUCAAGGAAAAUGUGGAAUUCCUCCUGCAAUCCCUUACACAGCAAAAACACCCACAGGCUCGUCGUCUAAGUCUGGAGGCCUUAAAAGUUGGGAAAUAGCUGUGAUAACGGUUGGAGGUGUCCUUUUGUUGGUCUUGAUCGCAUGUUUGGUGAUUUUUUGCGGCAAAAAGAGACGAGCAUACCAAACGAUUUAACGAGAAUGGUGUCCUUAAGACAGAGUCAAACUCGGCGUCGAAUCGAAUCGGAUAGUAUUUUUGAACACACACAUUACUCGAAAUCGAAAGGAAUCAACAAGAGUCUCUUAUUAAGAACAACGUCAGUC